AUGCGUAUUCAUGAAGCAGUCUGUUUGAUGCUUGAAAUAAUGAAGUUUUUUGUGAAUGGCAUCAUGUCGCAUUCAGAUUCAAAUCUUCUUUUUGUUGCAGGUGUGAAGUUGACUCGUUCGGAACGAAUUGCUCUCGAGGGUACAGCUGGGGCGAUGGAAACGUUAAUUUCGGUGGAUACGUCCAGCAUUGACCAUCGAUUACCCACACCAGAAACAAUGAAGCAGUUGUACAACGGCAUACCUUUCGAUGAGCUACCAAUCGUCUUCAUCAAAGCAUCCAAGAACAACACACUUGUGAUGGUCACCGAUUAUAAAUUCAAUAUAAUCACAUAUACAUCGUGUCGAUUAGAAGGCUUCAAGAACGCUCGUAAAAAGACAACUAUUGCUGGUCAAACGACUGGAGUUGCAGCUGGGCAACGACUGGUUCGACGAGGCAUCCGAACAGUUCGGGUACAGGUUAGGCGAUUUUACGCAUUCUUACAUCGCUUUUUUCGUGAUUCAUUCGGAAUUCGUGUUACUGAAUUAUUUCUUGGUUCGAUAAUUCAAAGGAAUAGAUGUGAUCAAUUGAUUUAA